UUGCAUUGAAUCUGCAGAUUGCUUUGAGAAGUAUGCUGAUGUGAGCACAUUCCUUUUAUCUAUAGACAUUUCUAUGAGUUAUUCUCAAUUAAGAAACACAUUAAACACUUAUUUUCUAAAGCUUCAUAUCACUUAGGGAACAACUUCCUCUUUGAAAAUUUUCCUGUAAUUACAAAAACAACAUAAACAACAACAAGAAAAGUCCUGCUCAUUGGUCGCAACAUUGGGGGUCCAGUGUAUAAAAACCUGAGCACAGAAGAAGUCAUCAGAAUCUGAGAAACUCACUUCUGAACAGAAACUCGCCUUCUACUCCUGACACCAUGUGCUGUUCUCCUUGCUGCCAGCCCACCUGCUGUGGAUCCAGCUGUUGUGGGUCCUGCUGCUGCCGCCCUUGCUGUGUGUCCAGCUGCUGCCAGCCAUGCUGCCGACCAUGCUGUGGGUCCUGCUGCUGCCAGCCUUGCUGCCGCCCGACCUGCUGUCAGACCACCUGCUGUAGGACCACUUGCUGCCGCCCUUGCUGUGUGAGCAGCUGCUGCCGGCCUUGCUGCUGUAGCACUCCUUGCUGCCAGCCCAGCUGCUGUGGGUCCAGCUGUGGUGGGUCCUGCUGCUGCCAGCCUUGCUGCCAGCAAGUCUGCUGCUGUCCUGUGCACGUCUGCAGAACCUGCUACCACCCCACCUGCUGCUGCGUGCCUGGGUGCAUACCCAGCUGCUGUGGGUCCUGCUGCUGCCAGCCUUGCUGCCGCCCAACCUGCUGUCAGACCACCUGCUGCAGGACCACCUGCUGCCGCCCCUGCUGUGUGUCCAGCUGCUGCCAGCCUUGCUGCUGCUGA